GUUUCAGGAAAGUCAAAAUCUGGUGCCUCUGCCAAGUCCAGUGAGACAUCUAAGGCCCAGAAGGCCAAGAAGUCUGUACUGAAAGGUGUUCAAAGAACACAGAAAAGGAAGGUGCGCACAAAUGUCCACUUCUACCGUCCCAAAACCCUUCGCUUGCAAAGAACUCCCAAAUACCCAAGGCACUCUGCUCCAAGGACCAACAAACUUGAUCACUUUGCCAUCAUCAAGCAUCCUUUGACCACAGAGUCAGCCAUGAAGAAGAUUGAAGACAACAACACACUUGUGUUCAUUGUCGAUGUGAGAGCUAACAAGCCCCAGAUCAAGGCAUCAGUGAAAAAGCUGUACGACAUUGAGGCUUCCAAAGUCAACACUUUGAUCAGGUACAUGUUAAUUUUUUUGUUGAUAUAUCAUAUGAAGAGUAUCUAUUUCUUCUAACACCCAUAAACUCCCUUGAGUGACCAAGACAGAAUUUCUCCCUACAAUAUCAAUACAAUAUCAAACAGACAAACAAGGAAAAUAAAGAAAAAUGUCAAUUAGGGUUUAUUACUUGAUCCAAUACUAAAUUCUCCAAACUAACAUUAUAAGAAUGGUAUAGCAGAUAGUAAGGAGAAUUGCUAAUGGGAUCUUGGGAGGAAAAGGGUUAAUUGCCAAUUUUUCAGUUAUGUUGAUUGAUGAAAUCUAAAAUUCUUUCCAAAUAUUUCUAGAUCUCUAUGAUACUGUUUUAUAACAUGUUUAACUUGCUCCUUCAUAGGGUGCUCAGUUCAAAGACAGUUGUCACUUAACCCUUAAACUCCCAGAUCAAAUUUGUAAUUCUUGUUACCAUCAACCAUACAAUUCUUAUAAUGUUAGUUCAGAGAAUUUAGUAUUGGAUCAACUAAUUAUCCCUGAAUUGAUAUUUUUCUUUAUUCUCAUUACUUAUCUGGUUGAUAUUGUAUUGAUAUUGUAGCAAGAAAUUCUGUCUUGAUCACUCAUGGGAGUUAAAGGGUUAACAAAAAGGAUAAAGCAGGCUAUGAAUUGGCUUGUAACACAGUUCUUGAUUUAAAUUCUUACAGCUUAAGUCUAUUUUUGUUGUUGGAACAUUGUUCUAUCGUGUAGAUCUGAUUGUUAAUGGAAUUUUUACGGGGACAAUGGAAUCUUGAUUUGCUGCCCCAAGAACAUUUUCAGGAGCUAAAUAACAAAAUUAUUGCCACCUCCAUUGUGUGUAUUUCUACGUAGUUACAUUGUUAAAGGUUGAAUUUAUUUUUGUUUAAAAUUUUUAAAUCCAGCGUGAUUCUUUUGCUCGUUUUGUUUCAGAUUAUAACCAUAUAAAAUGUGCAAAAUGAAAAUUAAACUUGUGUGGAAAAUGUUGAACUAUGAAUUGAUAUGCACCUUUACCCUUUCCACCACACACUUACCCAUACAUUUCCCUUGGUACUGACAAGGAGAAUAUGGUAAACAAACAAACAAUCAAAAUUUCUUGGGAUUCACUCCCUUUAUUUUCAUGAUCGUAAUGAAUGGUUAGGCUGUAUUAUUGAAGGUAGUAAUUUGAUGUUGGUCACUCUUAGAGUUUAAAGGUUUAACAGAAAGCAAACAUGUAUGGAGAUUUGCUAUCAAUCAAACUAUUUUUGUAUUCAGGGAAUAAAUUCCUAAAGAAACUGUGUGUGUUGGUUGGAGAGUAUAACAGGGUAAUUUGGUGUCAUCAACUGAGUUGAUAUAUUAAUUGGCCACAGUAAAGGGUUUCAAAACUGAUGUUUCGAGCUUUAGCCUUUUGCCAGAGCUGUGACAAAGGGCUAUCACUCAAAAUGUCAGAUUUGAAACUCUUUACGGUGGCUAAUUUCCAUAAUCAGUGCAGUUUACAAUACCAAAAUACCCUAUUUUUGUAUUCUUAAUCUAUUGCUCUAUGGAAAUUUAUGCAUGUGUAGUCUAAAUUGAUUAUUACAUUCUCUAGACCUGAUGGGCAGAAGAAAGCAUAUGUUAGACUGGCUCCAGAUUAUGAUGCUUUGGAUGUGGCCAACAAGGUAUGUGAAAAAGAAUGA